AUGCGCCAAAUCUAUGGGUCUGCAUGGGCCGUGAUAGCAUGGUUGGGUGAGGCUAGCUUCCAGAGCGACUCGGCUAUCCAACUGAUUCGCGAUUUUUCGGCUCUCAGUGAAUCCAAUUGUGGUAGCCGAAUCGAAUCUUGUUUACGAAGUGAGCCUGAAUAUCUUGGAAAGGGUUGCUGGUUAGCACUACAUGACCUGAUGGAGCGUCCCUACUGGUAUCGUCUAUGGAUCAUACAAGAGAUGAUCAUGGGUGCCUCGGCCACGUGGGUCCGAUGCGGGAGUUCAUCUAUCGAUUGGAAUUCUUUCUGUUCCGGUAUUGCUUUUCUGGAAGAGAAUCUGUGGCUUGUGAAAGACGAGCUACUUGUGAGGGAGCGCUUCGCGGUAACUGGCAAGAGUGGUCCAACUUGGUCUGUCAUGGGCAUCCACCUUGUGUAUCAAGACCUCUCAAUCUUGAGUGAACGCGAGGAAAAGGGUGGACAGUAUCCCAGUUUUGGAAGAUUGCUUGACAUUGCCAACGAUGCAGAGUGCUCUAAUCCAAGGGAUAAAGUCUACGGGCUUGUCGGGCUAAUGUCUCCUGCUGUAACCGGUAGCCUACAACCGGACUACACCCUUCCUGUAUGUCAGGUCUAUGCGGCCACAGCAAGAACUUUCAUUGAGGCUGACCAUAACCUGGAGCCUCUCCGCGAUGGCAACCCUUGGGGUCCGUCCCAAGGUCCAUCAUGGGCUGCGGACUGGCUUUGGGAGGGCCGGGUUAGAUCAUCAAGGACUGAGAAUCAGCUUUGGGGUCCUACACGAUUCUUUCCAAGGCUGGGGCCUGACGUUUCAUUUCACACUCCAUACAAGGCCAAUGGGGACACUAGACACGAUGCUUCGUUCUCCAGUGACGGGUCUAUUCUUACCUGCAGUGGAUUUAUCGUUGACAGUAUUUCUGGACUUUCUGCAAGGGGAACGGGAUAUUUCGACUUGGAUAAAGUCUCCAUCGUACAGCCUCCCCAAUGGAGUAGUGUCUAUGGUGACAAGAGCACUACCUCUGAGGCUUUGUACCGUACCCUCGUGAUGGAUAGAGUUGCAGGUGGCGCAAAGGCCACUGCCCGUCAUGUUGCUAUACUCCAUUUGCCUCGCACGUUUAACGUUGCCGGUCAAGAGUUUUCGAGGAGGCGAUGGAGUUGGCUGGCUGGACAAUCGAAUUACUACUUUCGCUGGGAAAUAUUUCAUGAGGUCAACUCUGGCUUUAAACUGGGCGAUGAACCACUCCACAAUUUCUUUUCCGACAAGAUCCCAGAUGACGCAUCUGAAUUUGACUACAGCGAAGUAUACUCAUGCUUUGACAGAACGGCGCAGAGGCGAAGGUUCAUGACUACGACUAAUGGAUAUAUGGGCUGGGCUCCAGAUAAUAUCUACGGAAAGGAGAGUGAGCAGACUAUAGCAGGCGACCUAAUUGCUGUGUUGUAUGGUUGCAGUACUCCCAUUGUAAUCCGCCCCAAUGGCUCUCAAUACCAGGUUAUUGGCGAAGCAUACGUUCAAGGAUUGAUGGAUGGGGAAGCAAUGGAGUUGUUGAGUUCUGGAAAGUUGAAACUAUCGAGAUUGGAGUUUUGUUAG